AUGCCCCCUCUCUCUAUCAGUUUUAUCAUCUCUCCUCACAUCACCCUCUCUGUUUUAACUAUUGUUUCUCUGUUUACCCACUCUCUUUCUCUUUUUUCAGAUCUUUAUGUUUCUACCUUCUCUCUAUUUAUUCAUCUGCUCUCUUUAACCCGCGUUGCGUCUGUUUCACUAACACUCUCUCUAUAUCUUAAAUCAUCUAUGGUUUACCCACUCUCUCUUUACCUCACUUUUUACCUACUCUCUAUCUUCAUAUUACAUUCUUUAUUUGCAAAUACUCUUCAUUAUUCUCUCUUUAUCUACUCUCUCUUUACUUCACUCUUUCUUUGCAUUACCCACUCUCUCUUUCUAUUACUUUUUUUUGUAAAUACUCUCUCGUUUUCUUUAUCUGUUUAUCUACUCGUUUUUCAUUAUAUUCUUUCUUUGCAUAAUCCACUCUCUCUUUACUUUAAUGUAUAUCUAUUUUCCCACUCUCUCUUUAUCAUUAUUUCUCUUUCUUUAACUGUUCAUCUUGUCUCUCGUUACUCUCUCUUUAUCUCACUCUCUCUAUUUAAAUUACUAUUUAGAUCGUUUUCACUUUUCUAUGCCUCUCGUAUUAUCACUCCUACGCAGUCUCUAUUUUUCUCACUCUGUCUUUUAAAUACUCUCUCUUUCUCUCUCUUUCUGUUUAUCUACUCCCUCUUUAUCUCACUCAGGGUACGCUUUACCCCCCUCUCUCUCUCUUUGUAUUAUGUCUCUCUUUAUUUCAAUUUUUAUCUGUUUUCUGUACUUUCCUUUUAUCUUUAUCAUUUCUUCUCUUUUCAUCUAUUUACAUUCUCUCUCUAUCAAACUCUCCCUAAUUAUAUCACUCUCUCUAUUUAUCUCACUCUGUCUAUUUAUUUCACUCUCUCUCUCUCUCUAUCUUACUCUCUCUAUUUAACUUACUAUUUGUGUCAGUUUCACUUUUUCUAG